UUCCUCAAAAGCUCCCUUCUCCGCAGCCCCUCCCCAACAAACAAAGACUUGACAGCCAGAUCUUCAUGAAUUCUAAAACCACAGUGGCAUCUACAGUUUCCUGCAACUCGGGAAACAAGGACGACUUCUUUUUCUGGAAUCUUGUUUGCUUGCUUUUGAACUACCUCAAAACUCCUAAAUUGCACGUAGUUGUUUCUUUGGUUAAGGCGAUCCCGUAGUUGUUUUGCAACUUGGAAGGGAUUCACUUGUAGUGGUGAUUGAUAAUCACCUAUCUGCAUCCCCAAUUAGUUUUUGCCAGCAUGGUUUCUUCUCGGCUACUUUCUUCUCAAGGGAAAGAUCGCACCUCCAAGACUAUCCAGGGCCAGUUUUUGUUUCCCGUCAAUCCUCCAGAUGUUGUUUCUUCGGAACAGGUUGAGUUAGACUUCUCUGAUGUGUUUGGUCCUCCACCAAUUCAACCCUCAAAUAAUGGAAAUGGUGGAGAUACAAAUGAGCUUGUAUAUGAUGACCCGGAGGUCAUUCACAACCGUUCCCAUUCUCUAGUUGGUCCUUCUGUUUGUGUAAGUCAAUCUCUGAGGCUCAGUGGCCUAACUAUACAUGAGAAUGAAGAUCGUUUGGAACUAGUAGAAGGUGUAGUGAACGUUACAGUUAAAGAUGAGGACUUAUCCGGGGAUGAUUCUGUUUCUGAGAAUUGUCAUAAUUUGUCGACAAACCAAUCUGUGGGCCUUGAGGAUUUUGAGGUUUUGAAAGUUGUUGGACAAGGUGCAUUUGGAAAAGUAUAUCAGGUGAGAAAGAGGGGCUCGUCCGAAGUAUAUGCUAUGAAGGUCAUGAGGAAGGAUAAGAUUAUGGAGAAAAACCAUGCUGAAUACAUGAAAGCAGAGAGGGAUAUCUUGACAAAAAUCGAUCAUCCCUUUAUUGUGCCACUGAGAUAUUCCUUCCAGACAAAAUAUAGGCUUUACCUUGUGCUCGACUUUGUUAAUGGCGGGCACCUGUUCUUUCAGCUUUAUCAUCAUGGCCUCUUCAGAGAGGAACUAGCACGUAUCUACACAGCAGAAAUCAUUUCAGCAGUAUCGCACCUUCAUGCUAAUGGAAUAAUGCACAGGGAUCUCAAACCUGAGAACAUCUUACUGGAUGCAGAGGGCCAUGCCAUGCUAACUGACUUUGGAUUGGCAAAAGAGUUGGAAAAGAAUGGAAGAUCAAAUUCCAUGUGCGGAACUGUAGAAUAUAUGUCGCCGGAAAUUAUACUUGGGAAGGGUCAUGACAAGGCUGCUGAUUGGUGGAGUGUAGGAAUUUUGUUGUUUGAGAUGCUUACUGGGAAGCCCCCUUUUAUUGGUGGAAAUAGAGACAAAAUUCAGCAAAAGAUAGUUAAAGACAAGAUGAAGCUGCCGGCAUUUCUAACAAGUGAAGCACAUUCUCUAUUAAAAGGGCUACUGCAAAAGGAACCAAGUAAGCGGUUGGGGAGUGGGACAAAUGGAAGUGAUGAAGUAAAGAGCCAUAAAUGGUUCAAGUCAAUCAACUGGAAGAAAUUGGAGGCGAGAGCUGUGCUACCAAGUUUCCGGCCUGAAAUCGAUGGAGACCACUGUAUCGCCAACUUUGAUAAGCAUUUUACAGAAAUGCCAUUGUCGGAUUCUCCAGUUUCCAGCCCUAAAAUCACUGAAAAUCUCUUCUUGGGUUUCACCUAUGUGAGGCCUGCUUCUGAUUUUCUCAGAAGAAACAGUCCCUUGUGCCAGGAUGGCUUUGAUUCAUAAACUUUUUGUGGUUGUACUACUACUGCCUGUUAUUUAAUUGUACCCUGAGAUGGUUUAAUUAUCUUGACAUAAUUUAUUUUGUUAUUGUAUGGUUUUCUUAAUUAUU